GAGGGAGCCCAGCCGCGGCACCGGACUGACCCAGCGAACGACCACGCAGUACAUAGGUGAGACGGGAACGCCGCCAGUGUCAGUAGAUAUCCUGGACUGUGACGUGCCGCCCUGCGUGUUCUACAGGGGCGAGAGCAUGUCGGGGAACGUCACCUUUGUCGCAGAGCGGCCGACCACCUCGCUACGGCCGGACGUGCUGGCCAACAUCGGCGGCGUCGAGGUCAACUACCAGCUGCCGCAGCAGGACGCCUGCCAGUCGCUGGUGAGCGGCAGCUGCCCGCUGCAGGCCGGACAGACCGCCGUCUACUCGCUGGUCAUCAACAUCCUCGAGAUGUACCCCAAGGUGAACCUGACGGUGCAGCUGUCGCUGGUGGACGAGACGGAGGCGGUGGUGACGUGCUUCCUGGUGGACGGCGAGGUGACGGACCGCAACCCGCCGCAGGCUCGCCUGCGUCAGCACCAGCGCCGCAUCCGCCCCAUGCCUAGCCUCUUGCCCCGAAUUCCAUACCACCGCCUCCACUGAACUCUGUACCUCGAACUACUUCUGAUGUAAUAAAAGAGUUGCACUGAU